AUGGUGGUGAAUGAAGUGUCGGUUUUCAGCGCUAAACUCCUCCUCUCUGGACAGCCAGCCUGCGCCUUUCCUUCCACUCCAACAACCAAGUAGUUUUCGGAGCGCACUCUCCGGCAGCAAUGUGGAGGGAAGGGCCGAGCGGCUGAAAUUUCCUGACUCCACCGUUUUCUUUUUUUUUCGUUUUGUUUUUUUGUUUGUGGACUUUGUGUUUGUUGAUGAACAACGGGGAAAGAAAGCGAGUGAGAAGUGAAGAACUCGUGUUUUCUCUCCCCUCCUCCUCUCUUCUUUUUGCUUUCUUGGAUAUGCGGAGAUGCAGCUGGAACUGUUGCUCAUUCUGAGUCGCCCUGGUUGUUUUACUUCAUGUUGUGCUCUGGUUGUUUAGGAGCGACAGAGAGAAAGCUCAUUCCGCACAAGAGCCACAAGUAAAGAUCUACGAGGACCGCAAGUGGUUCCCAAGCAGCAGCAGCAGCAGCAGCAGCAGCGGCGGACACGAAACUUUGCCAAGUUGCUGCGCAUCCGGGAGGCAGACGCCAAAUAUUCACCGAUAUUUCCAACCGGCGCCAGAGUUUCAGCUCCUAACUGUGGAUUAUUAACGGCAGACUCGUUAUGGAGCACGGAACCAAGUUCAGAGGAUGAGAGAGCAGUUCUGAAACAUGAACUGUUGCGUCUAGUUCACCUAUUCGGACUACACGCUGACAAGAAAAAGAAAACUAAACUGUUUCUGCGCUUUUUUUUUUUGUUUUUUUGCGUGUUUGUUUCCCCCCCAACUGAUCCAACUGGUGCGUAAAAAUGCCACAACUGAACGGAGGCGGAGGGGACGAUUUGGGGGCCAACGAUGAAAUGAUAUCGUUCAAAGACGAAGGGGAGCAGGAGGAAAAGAUCUCCGAAAACGUCUCCGCGGAGAGGGAUUUAGAUGAUGUGAAAUCCUCCUUAGUGAACGAGUCGGAAAACAACAGCAGCUCGUCAGAUUCGGAGGCAGAGAGGCGCCCCCAAACCAGAGCCGACUCAGAAAGUUAUGAGAAAACACGAGACUACUUCAGCGAAGCACUGAGAAGACAGCAAGAUGGUGGCUUUUUUAAGAGUCCACACUAUCCAAGCUACCCGUUUCUAAUUAUGCCAGACCUCACCAACCCAUACCUAUCCAACGGCUCUCUGUCUCCCGGUGCAAGGACAUACCUGCAGAUGAAAUGGCCUCUCCUGGACGUGCCCAGCUCCGCAGGAAUCAAAGACUCCCGUUCUCCAACACCAGGGCAUUUAUCCAAUAAAGUCCCGGUGGUACAGCACGCCCAUCAUGUCCACCCGCUGACGCCCCUCAUCACCUACAGCAACGAACACUUCUCCCCUGGCACGCCGCCAUCACACCUCUCACCAGAGAUCCUCGAUCCAAAGACAGGUAUUCCUCGAACGCCUCAUCCGUCAGAACUCUCUCCAUACUACUCGCUGUCUCCAGGUGCCGUUGGUUCGAUUGCACAUCCUCUGAGCUGGUUCAUGCAACAGCAGGGCCAGCCCAUGUACUCCAUCCCUCCGGGGGGAUUUCGUCACCCCUAUCCAGCACUGGCGAUGAAUGCAUCCAUGUCCAGCUUGGUGUCCAGCCGUUUCUCCCCUCACAUGGUGACUCCUCCUCCACACAGCCUCCACCAGACCGGAAUCCCGCAUCCCGCCAUCGUUUCGCCCGCCAUCAAGCAAGAACCCGGCGGCGACAACAUCAGCCCCUCCAUGCAUGCCAGGAAGUCCCCCGUUCCUGCCAAGAAGGAGGAGGACAAGAAGCCUCACAUCAAGAAGCCUCUCAACGCUUUCAUGCUUUAUAUGAAGGAGAUGAGAGCCAAGGUGGUUGCAGAGUGCACUCUGAAAGAGAGCGCAGCAAUUAACCAGAUCCUGGGAAGACGGUGGCAUUCGCUGUCGAGAGAGGAGCAAGCCAAAUACUACGAGCUGGCCAGAAAAGAAAGGCAACUGCACUCCCAGCUCUACCCUGGAUGGUCAGCACGAGACAACUACGGAAAGCGGAAAAAGAGGAAGAGAGAGAAUAAACCAGACUCAAAACCAGAGGACUUCUCCGUCAGAACCAAGAAGCAGUGUGUGCAGUACCUGCCGUCGGAGAAGAUGUGUGACAGCCCUGCGUCGUCUCACGGGAGCAUGCUGGACUCACCGGCCACCCCCUCUGCUGCCCUGGCCUCCCCCGCUGCUCCUGCUGCCACUCACUCUGAGCAGGCCCAGCCGCUCUCGCUCACCACUAAACCAGAGGGACGCAUGCAUCACCACUUCUCCUUACUUGGGAAGGCCUCUGAAUCUUCUUCUUCUUCUUCCUCAUCCUCAUCCUCCUCCCAACCCUCCAUCUCCAUCCCUAUUGGUACUACAGGUAGCCAGUCGAACACACCCAUCCUCACCCGGCCAAUCCCCUUCACCUCUCUGCACCCCUCCAUCCUCUCCCCGCCGUCCCCCUUCCAUCAGGCUGCCCUGCACUCCCAUCAUUCCUUGUUCCAGUCGCAGCCCCUCUCCCUGGUCACCAAACCAACCGAAUAAAUCUGAAAUGGCCAUUUCUCUCUCAUUUAUUGUGCUGUAUAUUGCUUUUCUUAAAAAAUAGGUAUUAGAACAACUUUUUUUCUAAGUAACGAAAAGGAGGAAAUAUUAUUGGUCAAUAUUUGACUUGCCUCCUUUUCUACACCUCUCAAUGAAAUACGAAGUGUAUUUUUUUGUAAAGUUUACUGCAGGACUGGGUUCUUUUUGAUGCAUUUAUCCAAUGAACCUCAUGUAUAAAAGAACCAAUGUACAUAAAGUUUCUUUAUGAAAGAAAAAACAAACAAAAAAAAAUGUCUUUUUAGCCAAAACCUAAUUAAUGUUAGUAUGAAGUUUAAGUCCUAGUCCCUGCCAAUAAUUGCAACCCCCAGUUUUUUCAGUUCAUGCGUGUGUGCCCCUUCUAUGACAUGUCAAAUAAAUAUUUGAAAUUGUUUCCUAAA